AAUGUCCCGUUUCAUGCGCAGAGCUUCCAUGACUGAUAGCUCAUCUGUGGCCGCUGUCAUGACGGACAGUGAUCAUGGAGAUCCAGAGAAAGCCAUCUCCGCCGAUCAAAAACCUUCCAAAGGUGGCUGGAAUGCCGCCAUUUUCAUCAUCUUUGUGGAGAUGGCAGAGAGAUUUGCUUUCUACGGGCUGGCGGGCAAUCUGAUCACAUACCUAACAACUGAUCUGGGAGAAGGUGUUGCAGAAGCAGCCAAAAAUAUCAAUACCUGGAUUGGUCUCUCUGCUCUCUUCCCAUUUUUCGGAGGCUUCCUCGCCGACUCUUUUCUGGGUCGAUUCAAGACUAUCCUCUUCUCCUCCUUCGUAUACCUCACAGGAAUGGUGAUAUUGGUGUUGUCUGUAUCGACAGUUGGUGAGCAAUAUAGGAAAGCAGUAUUUUUCACAGGACUGUAUAUAUUAGCGGUAGGUGAAGGUGGACACAAGCCAUGCGUCCAGACUUUUGCUGCUGACCAAUUCGACGAGACCAGCCCUGAGGAAAAAAACGCUAAGAGCUCCUUCUUUAACUGGUGGUAUUUGGGGAUUGUUUUCGGAUCAUCUGCAGCCAUCCUAGUUGUCAUUUAUGUCCAGGAUCGUGUCGGUUGGACGGCAGGAUUUAGCGUGCUUGCCGGGGCAGUGGGACUUGCAUUGGGAUUGUUUCUGGCCGGAGUAAGACGGUACCGGAAGCAAAUUCCGGUGGGAAGUCCGGUGACCAAGAUGGCGCAGGUGUUCGUCGCCGCCGCGAGGAAGUGGCGCGUCACAGAGACGCGCGGGAUUUGUUACCAAGAUGAAGAAGAUGAUGAUAAAGGAACUACCCUGGCGCCUACCCAUCAGUUCAGGUUUCUGGACAAGGCAGCGAUUAUCGAUAACACAGACAACUCGAACAAAACCAGAAACCGUUGGCGAUUAUGCUCGAUGAACCAAGUGGAAGAAGUAAAGCUUGUCAUUCGUCUUAUACCCGUAUGGUUAUGUUGCCUGAUGUUUAGCGCUACACUGGUUCAGCUACACACGUUUUUCACCAAGCAGGGAAGUACAAUGGUAAGAUCCAUUGGGUCGCACUUUACCCUUCCCGCAGCUUCUAUCCAGUGCCUUAUAGGUCUCACCAUUCUCGUCUUUGUCCCCAUCUACGAUCGAAUUUUCAUCCCUGUCAUAAGAAAAAUAACCGGACACCCAUCAGGAUUAACCAUCUUGCAGAGAAUAGGAGUUGGUUUAUUUCUGUCGGUGCUCAACAUGGCUGUCUCCGGUCUCGUCGAGGCCAAAAGGGUUAACGUAGCGAGAGACCACGGCCUGACGGACAUGCCGAGAGCGAUAGUGCCCGUAAGUGUAUGGUGGUUACUUCCCCAGUACGUUAUCAGCGGAAUCGCUGAUGUUUUCACCGUGAUUGGACUGCAAGAACUGUUUUACGAUCAAAUGCCUACUGGAAUGAGAAGUUUUGGCGCUGCGGCUUAUAUGGGCGUGAUUGGGGUUGGAAGCUUUCUCAACAGUGCAAUUAUAUCCGUCGUGCAAUCCGUCACCUCAAAACAUGGGGAUAAAUGGCUGGUUGAUAAUCUUAAUCGAGCUCAUCUUGAUUACUUUUACUGGGUCUUAGCAGGAUUGAAUGCUUUGAAUCUGUGUGUUUACAUAUGGAUUUCUAAGGGGUUUGUGUACAAAAAAGUGCACUGGGAAGAUCAGACAGAAGAUGAGGAAUUGAGCUCCUCUAAUGGAAGCAUGUGAA